GUUCGCGCCACGAGCGCCAGCGACUGACGCCGUCUUCCCCCAAAGGCGCUGGGCACCUUCCAGCCCUCCGAGCCGCUGCGCCGCCUGUCGCCUGGUCUGCCCGGAGGACCUGGAGCCUCCAGCGAAGCCCUCUCGGCGGUUCUGUGCCCUCUGUGCCCUCUGCCCGCAGAGCCUAGGUGCUGAAAAGCAGCACGUGACGGCUCCUUGAGUGAUGGUGCACUGAGAAGCACCCCCUGAGUCUGGCCCCCAUGGCAUGGCAAGACAAAGUUGGGGGGCAGGCCCCAGGCUCUCCCUGGGCCGCCAUCGUGGAGGCCGUCCGGGAGCAGCUCCCAUCUCUGGACUCAGACUCCUCGUUGUCAGACUUCGGGGAUGAGGAGCCCUUUAUCUUCCAGCGAAACCAAACGGCCCUGAUUCCAGACUUGUCGGAGGAGCUAGCCGAAGACCCUGCUGGGGUCGCCAAGGCCAGUGCGUCUCCUGAGCCAGUGGUCGUGCCUGUGGAACUGGACUCAGAGCCCUGGGGGCAGUGGAACACAGGGACAAGGAAACUUCUGGAAGGAAAGGAGCCUGGCAGGCCCCCAGGGAGCUGUGAUGGAAUCAACUAUCUCCUCAGGGUUCCUGAGGAGACCCUCACAUGGGAGGAAGGUGACAUUAGGGGCACAUCCUUCAACACUGAAGGAUCCCAGAGUCCUCCCUGGGCACCUCAGGGAGAAGACACCCACUCCCCCCUUGAAGGGGACCUGAAGGCGGAGCCCCCCAGAGCUGCCUCCCAAGCCCGAGAGGGCUCAGAUUCUGCAAACCGCAGAGCCCUCCGGAGGGAGAGAAGAAAGAUGAUUGAGAAAGACAUUCUCCACAAAGUCACCAGGGACCCACAGGACCUGGCCCGCAGUGACCUCCGUGCAGCCGCAGCGUCGGGGCUGAGACCAGAAGCGCCUCUGGAGGGGCCCAAGGAAGAACCGCUGGUGCUCUCCCUCCAGCAAUUUGAGGAGUGGGAACUGGAUCGCCUGCUGCAGAGGCUGCGGGGGCGAGAAGAAGCGGGAGACGCCGCUUCUGGAGCCACGUGGUGGGCAGACGGCGGCUUCCAGGGCCCAGGCCGCACUGAGCUGACCACGCAGGACAGGCUCCUGGAGCGGCUGGCCCUUCUGGGCGCCUUGCAGUCCAGAGCCCCCGCCUCUACCGGGAAGGGCCCUGCAGACCCACCCCUGGACACCAGGCCUCGGGGGGCCGGAGGCAGGUGUGCUGUGCCAGCGCCUGGCUCCCCAGCGGGGCUGGGCCCCGGGCUGGCCCAGGGCAUGAGGCCGAGGAGCUCAGCGGAGCCCGCCACCGUCUUCAUCGAUCUGCGGCCCCCGGAGCCGUCACGCCAGGGCUCGCGGGAAAGCUCCAGCUCCAGCUCUGAGGAGGAGGAGGAGGAGGAGGAGGAGGAGAUGGCAGACCUCCCAGAGCCGGCAUCGCCCUCCUCCCAGGGGCUACGGCACUGCACGGGGAAGAGUCAGCUCCUCCAGCAGCUCAGGGCAUUCCGGAUGGGGACAGCUCAGCCCCAGUCGCCCGCCAGCAAGGGUCCCAGUGGCCAGAACAUGUAGGGCCCUGAAGAUGUGGCCAGAUCCAGGAUGAGGAAGCAACACGGAACAUUCUGGGUUGAGGGGCAGAGUGCCCAGGCCAGAACCCUAGGAGGACGUCCCAGGGGCCCUCUGGGGUCAGAGACAGCCAGUAAGACCCUGGUGCUCUUCUGGGCCAGCUACAGAGGCCCCUGGCACGGAGCUGGGGUCAGCGGGACAUGUGGCCUACCCAGUGCCCCUCACUCUCUCAGGUCUCCAUCAGCAGGAGCCUCUGUGGCCAGGGUGCCGUCCCCCAGUCCUUGACCAGAACCAGGCCUGGGCAUUUUUGUGCACUUAGAGCCUAGAGGCCAGCACACACUGUGGCCGCAGCUCAGCAGUCCCAACAGCCCCUCCUGGGAAGGUGCCCAUGAGGAAAGAGCAGCACCGUGGGUUCGUUCUGAGAGGACUCCAGGCCCUUCCAUCUUUUCCAUUUCUGCAUUUUUCCUCUUACUGUGCAUCUAGUAUUCCCAUCCCUCCAGGCUUUUCGAAAAACUAUAAAACUCAAGUAAAAUGUGUUUGAACAGCUGCAGGUCAAAGGCUCUUGAGAGCAAACGCGGCUUCCUCCCAGGGCCCCAGGUCGCUGCUCUUGUGACACUACAAUCCACACACCACACACCAGGCGCACG